UAACCAUCAGCCUGAAGUGCAGUAUAAGCCAACAAAAUCCCUCUCUCUCUCUCUGCCUCUCUCAGAAACCGCAAGGCUAUAGAAUUAGACCACUCAUUUCCCGUAGCAAAAACUUCACUAUCAAUGGCGUAAAGCGAUAUCAACAUGUAGCCUUGCGUGUCCGAAACCUUCAAUACGAAUUGGGUCCAUCCGAGAAAAGCAAAAAGAAAGGCCUAAAAUCUAAAAUCCUCAAGUGGGCUACGUUUGUUUAAAGAAGAAAGAAUCUUGGCGUUGGAAGGAAACGUUGGACAUCGUUAAGAGUAUCAGACUAGUGGAGUAAUAAUAUAUGAAUAUACUACAAGAGUUGUUGCUGUUUAUGAAUAGAAGUCCAGGAGAAUUAGUAGAGCUAGUUGUAGUUGUUGUAGAAGUAGAAAGCAAACCUGGGAAAGCCCGGAGAACUGACGUUGGAGGGAUUACUGGACUGCAUCCAUGAAAUCACGGCGGCCCUUGUCUUUUCUAGGAUGACUGACUCUGCUUACCGCGUUGAAACCACCUCGCGCCUCGCCCAAUGGCGGAUCGACAACUUGGCUUCUUGCACUUAUCGAAAGUCCGAUCCUUUCAAGAUCGGAAAGUGGAACUGGCAUUUGGCUUUGGAGAAGAAUCGGACUCUGUUCAUUAAAUUAUACCCAGAGAUAUCAAAUCUAACCAGAGAAAAUCCUCCAAUUGCAUCUUUUAUUAUUAGAGUAGUCUCUUCAGUGGGAGAUCGCAAGACUUUGGUUCAUCCAGAAAUUGUCGAUAGGCAGCUCAAGAACACCGACGACUUUGUUUGGGCUGUAGAAGUUCCACUCACAGGGAAAUUCAUCAUCGACGUUGAGUUUCUUGAUUUGAAGGCUACAUCCCCAAACGGUGGGGAAAUUUGCUCUAUCUGGGCUGAAGGGUUCCAACAGAAACAAUCAAAUGCAACAGCUUUAGCAUCACUAGGACGAAUGUUGUCUGAAGGUAUCCACACAGACAUUGUAAUCCAUGCUUCUGAUGGUAGCAUUGGGGCACAUCGUGCAGUUCUUGCCGCGAGAUCACCUGUUUUCGGGAGCAUGUUCUCGCACGACCUCAGGGAGAAAGAACUGUCCACUAUAAACAUCUCUGACAUGUCGAUUGAAGCUUGUCAAGCUUUCCUUAGUUACAUUUAUGGGAACAUCCGAACUGAGGAGUUCAUGACUCACAGGCUAGCCCUCAUACGAGCUGCUGAUAAGUAUGAUAUUUCAGACUUGAAAGAGGCAUGUCAUGAAAGUCUACUGGAAGACAUUGAUACCAAGAAUGUGCUGGAGAGGCUCCAGAGUGCUUCUCUUUAUGAAUUACCGAAGUUGAAGAAGAGCUGCAUGCGGUAUCUUGUGAAGUUUGGUAAGAUCUUUGAAAUGCGAGGGGAAUUUGAUGCUUUCCUGCAAUGUGCAGAUAGAGAAGUGAUUUCUGAAAUCUUCCAUGAAGUUCUCGCUGCCUGGAAAGGAUUCUGAAUGACAGCUGAUGGGGAAAAACAAAAGUUUAGCUUGUUUAAGCCCAUAUGCUGCAGUGCUAGUGCACAGAUUUGUUUCCCUGAACAAACAUUCUUUUACUGGAUGCAAUUAGUUUGUGUACAUGUACAGAAAUUGAUUCCAGUUCAGUUGA